AUGGAUGAUGAGCCUACAGUCAUUCACACAAAUUUGCCGACCUUGGCUCCCGCGAACUGGUUGGACUUCCGGGCCUACAUGUCUGAUCUGGCACGUCAGGGCCGUCAGGACGAGUUGUGGUCCAUCUGGAGUCGGGUUGCUGAGAUUGCACACCUACCGGCACCCUCCCCUUCGAUUACAGACUUUGACUUCUUGGGUUCCAAGGUUCCGGUGCGCCGGAUUGUCUGUACCCAGGCUGGGUGUGAUCGAUGCGGGCGAGCCAGAGGUGGUUACCAAUUCCCCUUCCUUGGCCCCUGGUCCAAGAGUGCAGCCAUCGUGGAGGAGCCUGAGUUGGGGCCAGCGGUGGCCGUUGCCGCCUACGAUCGUUGCCACGAAGUUCUUGCAGAGGACAGGAUGUGGGAUGCUAGCUCGGGCUUGGAGCUGCAGGAUAUGCUCACUGCUACAUUUGGGCGCGUGCUCUAUCAGGCCGAGAUCAACGACCUCCACGGCGCAGCCCAUCCCUCUGUGGACGAUGUGUUUCGGGCUUGGCGAACCUGGCAGCAGGGGCAACAGGCCUGGCGCGAUCCACUCUUACUCCCAGAGCCCACGCCCAACCAGGCACGGGCCAAUGAAGUGCACAAAGCCCAUCGGUCUAUGCUGCUUUGGCUACGAUGGGCGGCAGACCCCGCGGGCUGGUCUAUGCCUGCGGUCUGUGUGGACUGCGGGGGUUCAGGGGAUUUCGUGCACCAGAUCUUGCAGUCAGCAAUGUGCCGUGAUUGCUUGCAGGCACGGGUGGCCAUGCGUCACGGCCCCUGUCCGACAGUGGCUCUGGGAGUGAGAGCGACUGAGAGGAGACUUGAGUCGUCGCUCGGAGUGGUCAGGCUGGGCGAGUUCGGCGAGGACCCUGGGGAAAUUUUGCAGUCUGUGUUCAAGUUCUUUGUUUCGCUGUUCGGGAGGCUGGCCUUGCUUACCAUGCCGGGAUCUCUCGGGGUCUAUGCAGCCGAAUCCUUGGCAGCAGACUCUGCGCCUGAAGCAGCAUACACGGCCCUUGACGAGUAUGCCACCCAGUAUGCGUCUCGGUGGCGCACCCAACAUGGCUACGCGAAUGACACUGACUUCGCAUUUGCGUUCGCUAGCUAUGAGGAGGCACGCGCUACGGGAGGAACCCUGAUUGCAGAAGAGUGGGCAACCAUUCGAUCUGAGGCAUCAGGCUCUCUCUUUGGAGCAGUGGCAUCUGCCUUGGAUGCGCCGGUGGGUUCGAGCAACCUGGCAGCGCAGGUGGCACGGAGGCCGACUACCUUCCUCAAGAGAGUGGCGGCCAAGGGGCGAUUGCGUUGGGCCACGGGGAAGAUCCUCGUCACAGAGCGGCCUACACUGAAGGGGGCGCUUUUCACUUUCGGCGAACUCCAGGUCCAUAUGUUUGAACGAGGUCGCCGCUUUCCGCCAGGAGCAGUCGAUGUGGACGCCUUUCUCUUUGGUGGGACCAAAGCACAGUCGCGGGCCUUGGCCGGCCUGAAGUGGCUAGCCAAAACGGGCACCUUGGGCCUCGAGUUGGGAGGUUACGACUUCCGCCAGAACCCUCAAAAGGAGCCCAAGCAGGCGGCGGUGCUGGUGCCAACAAUGGUACCUAUCCUGGAGCAAGCAGUGCAGGACAUGUAUCAGGCCAACAACCCUCUGUGGCGUGCUCUGGUGGGGCUUUGGUGCUGCAUGACGGGGUGUUUGCGGUUUGAACACUUGCGGCGGGCAUCCCCUAUGCGCCUCUCCAGAUCGACCUUCCACUUCCACUGCAGUCGAGGGAAGCAGCGCGGCAAUCGUGCAGGCUUCGACUUUGCGGUGCCGGCGGUCUUUUGCUCUGGAUGGCCUUGGGCCCGUCUCUGGUUGAAGAGUUGGCAAGCCCUGCCCCAAGGUGCACAGACCUACAGCGGGUUGCCAUUCGAUGCUGCAGGGGCACCCUUUACCACGGCCCAAGCGAUCAAGGUGGCGCAGGACAUCUUCACGCCACAUGUGGGAGCUGACGUUACCAGCUUAACGUCAUACUCGUUUCGGCGUGCAGGGCCGACAUACGCCAAUUUGGCCGGAUGGGCAGCUUCGGAUCAACUUGCACUAGGAGAUUGGCUAGACACAACCAAGCAGAAGGCUCAGGGAAUCACUAUGCCACUGCGUUACAGUGGAGCCAGGUAUACGACGAGUGUCCGUCGUAAGCACUGGCUGGCAGGCUCCAUCGGCGUGCUGACCUCCUUUGCGACAUGGGAUGAGAUUCCAGGUGCCGAGUUGGCCAAGGCGGAGUCGACCGGGGCGGCAGUGAUGGAAGUGGCUAUUCAGAGGGAUCUGCGUGCAGAAUGGCAGAGCCCUAUUCGCCUCCGGGAGACUAAGCCCCGCUUCAACGUGCCACGUACAUUGCCGUUGCCUGACAGAGUCGAGUACAUGAUGCCAAGGCAGAUCAACGGCAAGAGGCACGUCUUUGUGUCGAAUAUCAGAGGGGGAGGUGCAGUGGUCCUUCCCCUUGCCCGGCAGGCCAGCAUCGAUGCGCGAUCCUGGUUCAGUCAGGAAUGCAGGGAGAAGCGCGCGGUGCUUGCUCCUCCAUCGCCUGAGCGUGAGGGGACACGCCCCAAGGUGGCCGCGGCGAAGGAGGAGGCUGCGGCAUUGCCGCCUCAUCCUAAGAAGGGGCCGCAGCGGCGCGCGCUGGCGAGUGACGCCAGCGACCUUCCGCCACUGAAGCGGCAGCGGAUGGAAUCCCCAGCAGUUCCUGUGAGGCCACCGCCUGAAGCCCCGCGGCGGAUUCCUGCAGAGCCUGUGGGCCCGCCUCCGAGCAGACUCCUACGGCCGCGCACCCCUCCGAAAACCCCGCCGCCGUCAUCUCCCAGUUCGACGAGACCUGGAGAGAAGCGCCCUGGGCAGUCAGGGGCUGACACUUGGCCUCGGAGGAGUGGGGCGAGCAAUCUGGAGGUGCACUUCGAUCGUCUGGCUACAGUGGGUGGCAUUUCGGCGGAGCGGCCUACGAAGAUCUGGGAAGGAGCGAAUGGUGGUAUCUUGUGGCUGGCAGGGCUGCCUACGGAGGACACAGCGUCUUCCUUUCCGCGCUGUGACAUUCAGCUCAAUUGGAUGCAGCAGGCGGUGGCAGCACGUGGUGGCGUGGCGUUGCCGGGUGCCCUUCAACUCCAGAUCAGCAUCACUGAUUCGACGUCUCGGGACGAUCAGUGGCGCGAAGCCUGGCCAGUCAUUCGCCAGACCCUCUUCACAGGAGGUAGUGUCCUGGGCCACUGCAUGGCUGGCCGCCAUCGAGCUGCCACUGGGCAGUCCCUCCUCUUGGCCUUGGUGGACAACAUCAGCUUCGAGGAAGCCCAGAGGCGUGUCAGCCGUCUACGUGUCUACAAGGCAAUGGCUCAGGGCACGGUGGCGAAGUGGGUCCGCUACACCCGGAAGAACAGCAUGUCGGGCAAGGUUUGGCCAUCCCCUCGAGCAUUCAUCUUCACGGACCGGUCCCAGAUUCACUUGGAAGUGGAGCAAGGAGUGCCUCUUUGCAAGCAUCGCCAAGGGUCCGUUGCUAGCCAAAGGCUCAAGGAUGUGACCGAGGUUGAGUCCGUGGAGGAAGCCCAGGGCUACGAUCGUCCCUUCUGCAAAGACUGCCUCCAGCGGGCAGCAGCGAAGUUCCACCCAAAGUGA